AUGACCACAACAACAGCUGACGGUCAUCUUGCUCCCGACGAUUCUCAGCAUUUGAGCGCUACUCAAAGAUCGCGUUGGGCUACCCAAAGGAAAAGUGUUAACAGUAGUAACAAUAAGCGCAACUCUCUUCUUGAACGAAUGGGACACAAGAAGACAGGCUCCAACGAAAAGAACCCCCCUUCUGAUGGAUCCGACCCUGCCGGUGAUGAUGGACAACCACCGGAAGCGAAUCCCAACAAUGAGGAUGAUGCUGAGGAAGAAGAGGAGCACGAAAACCGGACCUUGUACUUCAACCAACCCCUACCAGCUGGACUUCUAGAUGAGAAUGGCGCCCCGAGCCAAACAUUCACGAGAAAUAAGAUCCGAACAGCCAAAUACACCCCUAUAUCGUUCGUUCCAAAGAACUUGUGGUUCCAGUUCCAUAACGUUGCAAACAUUUUUUUCUUGUUCUUGGUUAUUCUGGUCAUUUUCCCAAUCUUUGGCGGAGUCAACCCAGGUCUCAAUGCUGUGCCUUUGAUUUUUAUUAUUGCGGUUACAGCUAUUAAGGAUGCCAUCGAAGAUUACCGACGAACUGUUCUCGACAUUGAGCUAAACAAUGCUCCUGUGCACCGACUCCGAAACUGGAACAAUGUCAACGUUUUGGAGGGCGACGUUUCUGCUUGGCGCCAGUUCAAGAAGGCAAACUCCAAAUUCUUCGGUGCCAUGUGGCGUGCUUGUCAGUCUGUCUGGUCCAAAAAGGCGAAGGAAGAAAGGGCGAAGCGCAAGGCGGCACCAACUGAUAAUGACGCCCCCCGCCCAUCGGUUGAGACGCAACGAACUAGGCAGUCUAUGCGUCAGUCUAUCGCAUCACCUUUCUCUGGACGGGAGUCCUUCAUGUCUGCUCGAGAGGACAUUCAGAUGACCCCUGUUCCAUCGCCGUCACCCCAGGCAACACCACACGCCCACUUUGAGAUGCCAGAUGAGCAAGAUGCGAAGCGCGCUGCUGCUCUGAUGCAGAUGAAAUCAGACGUUAUCAACUAUCAUCACCCUGCCUCUGGAGCUCGUUUCCAGAAGGAUACUUGGAAAAGCCUCAAUGUCGGCGAUUUUGUCCGCAUCUAUAACGACGAAGAACUGCCCGCUGAUGUCAUUAUUCUCUCUACCUCCGAUCCUGACGGAGCUUGUUACGUUGAAACGAAAAACUUGGACGGCGAAACCAAUCUCAAGGUUCGCCAGGCUGUGCGUUGCGGUCGAUCUCUCAAGCAUGCCAGAGACUGUGAGCGCGCUGAGUUCGUAGUCGAGAGCGAGGGUCCCCAGCCUAAUCUUUACAAGUAUAAUGGUGCCAUCAAAUGGAAGCAAUCCGUGCCUGGUUACUUAGACGACGAACCCGAGGACAUGACCGAACCUAUCACCAUCGACAAUCUCCUACUGCGUGGCUGCAACCUCCGAAACACCGAAUGGAUUGUUGGUGUGGUCAUUUAUACAGGACACGACACAAAGAUUAUGAUGAAUGCCGGUAUAACUCCUAGUAAGCGCGCCCGUAUCGCUAGGGAGAUGAACUUCAAUGUUGUUUGCAAUUUCGGCAUUUUGCUCAUAAUGUGUUUGCUCGCUGCCAUUAUCAACGGUGUUGCUUGGGCGAAGACCGAUGCUUCCCUCCAUUUCUUUGACUUCGGUUCCAUAGGCGGAAAACCAGCUAUGAGCGGUUUCAUCACAUUUUGGGCCGCCAUUAUUCUGUUCCAGAACUUGGUACCCAUUUCGCUCUACAUCACACUAGAAAUCGUCCGUACGUUGCAGGCUGUUUUCAUUUAUAACGACGUGGAAAUGUACUACGAACCCAUCGAUCAACCAUGUAUUCCCAAGUCCUGGAACAUCUCGGAUGACGUUGGCCAAAUUGAAUACAUUUUCUCCGACAAGACUGGCACCCUAACACAGAACGUCAUGGAGUUCAAGAAAGCGACGAUCAACGGACAGCCAUACGGCGAGGCUUACACUGAAGCUCAAGCUGGAAUGCAAAAGCGACUCGGCAUUGAUGUCGAGAAGGAAGGUGAACGGGUUCGUGCUGAGAUUGCUGAUGCCAAGGUUCGUGCGUUGGCUGGUCUGCGUAACAUUCACGAUAACCCGUUUCUACACGACGAUGCUUUAACUUUCAUUGCCCCUGAUUUUGUAUCCGAUCUGGCUGGUGAAUCAGGCCCUGAGCAGAAGGACGCCAAUGAGUUUUUUAUGCUUGCCCUGGCUCUUUGCCAUACCGUAAUGGCCGAAAAGGUGGACGGCGACUCUCCAAAGAUGAUCUUCAAGGCGCAAUCUCCCGACGAAGAAGCUUUGGUCGCCACUGCUCGCGAUAUGGGCUUUACCGUCUUGGGAAGCUCAGGUGAAGGUAUCAACCUCAACGUCAUGGGCGAGGACCGCCAUUAUCAGAUUUUGAACACCAUUGAAUUUAAUUCUAGCCGAAAGCGAAUGAGUUCGAUUGUAAGGAUGCCGGAUGGCCGAAUUAUCCUCUUCUGCAAGGGAGCCGACAGUAUCAUUUAUUCUCGUCUCAAGCGUGGGGAGCAGAAAGAGCUCAGACAGACCACCGCGGAACACCUCGAGAUGUUUGCUCGUGAAGGUCUUCGAACACUCUGCAUCGCCUGGAAGGAAGUUACAGAGCAAGACUACCGAGUCUGGAAGAAGGAGCAUGACGCAGCCGCCUCCGCAUUGGAGGAACGAGAAGAGAAGCUGGAAACCGUGGCUGAGCUGAUCGAACAAGAUCUUUACCUCGUUGGUGGCACAGCUAUCGAAGAUCGCCUGCAGGAUGGAGUCCCCGAUACAAUCGCUCUCCUGGGUAACGCUGGUAUCAAGCUCUGGGUUCUUACCGGUGACAAGGUUGAGACUGCUAUCAACAUCGGUUUCUCAUGCAAUCUUCUUAACAACGACAUGGAGUUGAUUCAUCUGAAGGUGAACGAGGACGAGUCUGGUGAGAUUACCGAUGAUGCCUUCUUUGAAAUGGCAGAAAGGCUUCUCGACGACAAUCUUCAAAUCUUUGGUAUUACCGGUAGCGACCACGAUCUCGCUCUCGCUAAGAAGAAUCACGAGCCACCGGCACCAACACAUGGACUGGUUAUUGAUGGUUUUACUCUCCGAUGGGUCCUUAAUGACCGCUUGAAACAGAAAUUCCUUCUACUCUGCAAGCAGUGCAAAUCAGUCCUGUGUUGCCGUGUCAGUCCCGCCCAAAAGGCUGCUGUGGUAGCCAUGGUCAAGAACGGCCUCGACGUCAUGACUCUCUCCAUUGGUGACGGUGCCAACGAUGUCGCCAUGAUUCAGGAGGCCGACGUUGGUGUCGGUAUUGCUGGUGUUGAAGGUCGUCAGGCUGCCAUGUCUUCUGAUUACGCGAUUGCUCAGUUCCGGUUCCUAUCAAGACUGGUGCUUGUACAUGGUCGAUGGUCCUAUCGCCGUCUUGCUGAAAGUAUAAGCAACUUCUUUUACAAGAACAUGGUAUGGACUUUCUCCAUCUUUUGGUAUGAGAUUUAUUGUGAUAUGGAUAUGACCUAUUUGUUCGACUACACAUACAUUCUCAUGUUCAACUUGUUCUUCACAUCGAUUCCUGUCGCUAUCAUGGGUGUCCUGGAUCAGGACGUGUCUGACAAGGUAUCUCUUGCUGUUCCUCAGCUCUACCGACGUGGUAUUGAGCGACUGGAGUGGACCCAGCUCAAAUUCUGGCUCUACAUGAUCGAUGGCGUCUACCAGUCCAUUAUGGUCUUUUUCAUUCCUUACUUGCUGUUCAUGCCUGGUACCUUUUUGACUAUGAAUGGUCUUGGCCUAGAGGAUCGCCUUCGAUUUGGUGCCUACGUCGCCCACCCUGCCGUUAUUACUAUCAAUAUGUACAUCUUGAUCAAUACCUAUCGCUGGGAUUGGCUCAUGGUACUUAUCGUUGUCAUCUCGGACCUGUCCAUCUUCUUCUGGACUGGAGUUUACACAUGUUUCACUUCUUCGGCUUACUUCUACGGUACUGCCGCUCAAGUUUAUGGAGAGGCAACUUUCUGGGCGUGUUUCUUCCUGGUGCCUGUCAUUUGCCUCUUCCCUCGCUUUGCUAUCAAGGCUCUGCAGAAGGUUUACUGGCCUUAUGAUGUCGAUAUCAUCCGUGAGCAGGAGAGGAUGGGCCAGUUCGCCCACCUUUACCAAACAGACGACACAAGUGACCCACCUACUGCUGACACUAAGAGCGACAAGUCGAAGUCUUCCAAGAGCUCUAGGAGGUCUAAGAAGAUGCCGAAGCAUGUUGCCUAUGGUAGUAUUGAUGAGGACCUGCGACCCAUUUACCCCCCUUCAACAGCGACGAGAACGACAACGUAUAAUCAGCACAGCCAGAAUGGUAGCGACUCAACUAAUUAUACGGCGCACCGUAUUUCGCUAGAUGUACCCAUGCAAGCUCGCCCUUCGAUUGACCGUGCCCGGCCUUCGUACGAUCGAAUGAGGGCCUCGAUGGACCGUGUCAGACCCAGCUUCGAGGCUAGCAAUGACUUCACAUCAGCAGCGCGGCUAUCACGAAUCGAGUCGAGUCAAUCACAGGCAGGACGCUUCCAUCCUCGCCUCAGAGGGCUUUCACUGACCAAGAGUGCCAACAUAUAA